AGAGUGCAUGAACAUAUUCAUAUCGAUAUUUUUAUGUAUAAAGACACUCAAAUAUUAAAAAAUCGAAGAAUAAAUUUGUAUCUUGCGCAAUAAAUUUUACGACACUUACUACAACCUAUUGUUGAUAAAAAUACCCACGAGGAAAAUUUUGAAAAUUUGAAGCAAUAUUUCAAGAUGAGAAUAGCAAUGGAGGCAGAUUCUUCCUUUGAAGAUGAAUUUUAUCAAAGACCUAGACGUAAACCAAAGAGUGGUAAACAGAAAGGUGUUCGUGGUAACCCAGAAGGUGACAGUAUCUUGGGAAAAGAAAAAGGAAAGUUAAGAGCUCCUCCAAACAGUGAUAAUGACUCUUCAUUUGAUGUAAUAUCUCCUUCAAAGAAAAGAAAAACACAUAUAAAUCCAGAUCCACUUGAGAAUGUUCAGCGUAAACCAACAAAGCGCCAUUUACAGAUGUACAGUGAUACUGACCUGUCAUCGCUAGAUCAAACAGAUACACCAGACACAUUGAGUCAGAUUAGCUCUAUAAUGCCUUGUUCUGAUGUGUCCAUGCAAACAACAUUUUCCCGUAUGAGAAAGCCUAAAGGAAGAGCAGAUAUCACAUUAGAAAAGGCUGUUCAAAAGGCCAGAGGCCAACCAGAUGGUGCAGAAAGGUCUUUCCAUCAAAAGAAAGCGAGUAAAUCUAUACUUCAACCAAGAUUGUCUACUGUGAGAGAGGCUGCUGAGGGGAGAACAUCAGAUAGUUCUACACAGGAAGUUUGUGUAGAAGAUGAACCUGCAUCACCUGGUCCACAACAGUUUGAAAGACGGAAAUCAAUGAAGGUAAAAUUGAAAAGAGCAGCCAGUAAUGCAGCAGGUAAACUGAAGUCAUUAAAAGGAAAGAAGGUCCAGCUUAGUGAAAGUAGACUAAUUGCCAAGUGUAAAAUGGAAGAUUCACAACUGGAAGAAACAUCAGAAUCAAAGAAGACUAAAUUGAAAGAGCUUCCAUUCAAGGAAAGAAAGAAAGUUCGUAAAAUGUUGAAAAAUAAUUUCAAUAUGAUUCAAAGAUCAAAGAAAAUAUGGGAAGAAUUAAGAAGACAUGAUGUAAAGGAAAGUAAGAAACAUGAGCUGUGUACAGAAUUGAUGGGAUUUGUUAAAGGAAACAUGAAAGAGUUUGCAUUUGCUCAUGACACAGCAAGAGUUUUACAGUGCCUUGUACAGCAUGGAUCACCAAGUCAGAAAGAUGAGGUAUUUGAGGAAGUAAAAGAUCAGAUAUGUUUAAUGGCCAGGUCAAAGUAUGCUAAGUUCUUAGUAAAGAAAUUAAUUGUAUAUGGAUCAAAACAACACAAGAAUCAUGUCUUCAAGAGUUUCCAUGGAAAUGUUAGAAAACUGGUUAGACACAGGGAAGCCUCAGAUUUAGUAGAAUUUGCAUAUAAUGAAUAUGCAAAUGCACCACAGAGACUGUCAUUAUUGGAAGAUUUUUAUGGUCCAAGCUUUAUUUUAUUCAAGACCCCUGACAUGAGAUGCCUGGAUCAGAUGUUGAUGCUACAACCAGAUAAAAAAGACAUGAUUCUCAGCAACAUGAAGGAAGCUUUACUGCCCCUUAUUGAUAAGACCAUUUUAAUACAUUCCAUGGUACACAGAAUUUUCUUUGAAUUUUUUGUUCAUGCAUCAGACAAAAUGAGAUCAGAUAUGAUUGAAGCCUUGAGAGAAUCGUUAAUGCAUAUGAUACACACAAGAGAUGGAUCACGAGUAGCUAUGUACUGUUUCUGGUAUGGUAAUGCUAAGGACAGAAAAAUAAUGAUAAAAAGUUUGAAGACCCAUGUGAUGAAGAUCUGUUGUGAAGAGUAUGGACACUUAGUGAUGUUAGCCAUGUUUGAUGGGGUUGAUGACACAAAACUUGUACAGAAAGCUAUUCUUGAUGAUGUUAUAAAGAAUGUACCUCAACUGGCCAAGAACCAAUAUGGAAAGAAAGUUCUGUUAUAUUUACUAUGUCCAAGAGAUCCACAUUUCUUCCACCCAGAUGUUGUAAAGAUCUUACAAGAGGCUGAUCUUAGUACUACCAGCAAAAAACAGAAAUCAAUACGUCACAGAGAACUAUUAGAAUUUGUGUCAGAACCAUUGUUAAAGUACAUAGCUGAUUAUACUAGAGAACUUGUAAUGGAUAAUACUUCAUUACUGUUCUUAUCAGCCAUCAUUACACAUUCUUUGGGAGAUCCAACAUCAGCUAUGACAGCAAUAGCUAAGUUAGCAUCAGAGCCAUUUGUAGCUGGAAGUUUACAAAACAUGCACAUUGUGGAACAUAGUGCAGGUCACAUGGCACUAAAGAAGUUAAUACAGUCUGAUAAAGAGAGGAUCCAAGAGGGAAAAUCAGUGCUGUUUUCCCAAAUAUUAUUACAGACACUACCAGAUGGAGGCUUAAAAUCUUGGGCAGCCUGUAAUAGAGGAUGUUUUACAUUAGCAUUUUUAUUGGAGUUGGAUCAUCCAGAAGUUACAGACCUAGUCACUGCACAGUUAAUUGGUGUACGAAACGCUUUGAAAAAAAUGACAUUCAAAGGAGCACAAGUCCUUAUGCAAAAAUUAGACGCUGUUAAUGGGGAGUUCAAGUUGUAAAAAAUCUCUGACAAUAGAUCAGAUAAUAAAUCCCUGUAUUAAAACCUGAGGCUUAUAUUGACAACAAAAAAGAUGGUGUUGACUUGUUAUAUAGGUUAUAGGUUAUACAUGUUAUGAGAAACUGAAUGUCAAACAAAACUCAUAUCAAAACCAUAAACUGAUUGUAUGUUAUGUUUUUAAAUAGCAUACACAUAAAUUGAACUAUCAUUCAUUUAUGUAACUUGAAAAUUUUAACUUAUUGUCCCUGUUAAACGUACUAGGUUUUAAUUAUGUCAGGGAUUCAAUUGUGUAUUUAGUUUUACAUUUACAUCAGGCAAACCUGUUAAAAAUUUGGUAAUUGGAUUGCUUUGUGAAUUUGAAAUAAAACUUGCAUGAGAUGAGAGGUUUCACUUUAGAUGUAUAUGCAGUGCAAGGUAUUUUAUUUUGUCCUUGUCUGUUGUGAAACAAGAAUGAGUGCAAUAUUUGUAAUACAGUUAUGUAAAUUAAUUUUAUAUUUGUACACAUUCAUCCAUGUCCUGAGUGCAGUGUAGUGUGAUUAUUGCCAGAUUUGUGAGCUGAAGGAAAGAGGGCAUUAAUUGAAUUCACAUCAGUUUUAUUAAAUAAAAAUCUGUACAUUUAGAAAUAAAAUAGAGUUGAACUUGAAAAUGAUGCCUAAGAACAUCAUGAUAAGUACUUUUAGAAAUUUUAAAAGCAAAAAAAUAACAUUUGUUAAUCUUUUUUAGAUGUGUACAAUCAUGCAAAAAGUUUUUGAAUACAGAAUGAUUUUUAGACUUUAACUUUUUAUUUGGCAAAUGCACUUGUUUUAUGUACAGACAUUGAGAAGUGAUGUAUAGUUUUAUUCUGAGUAAUAAAAUUGUUUUUGUUGUAAAAA